AUGGCGCGCACAAGCCAGCAUCCUCGUGUAACAACAGCUGUCUGUCCGUUUGCGGUCGUCGAACAGCAGCAGGCGGCAUCCCAGCAACAUGCAGGUAGACAAGCGCCCAACAAGACCCGCGCGUGUCACGACCAGCCAGUGCCAGUGCCUCGACAGUCGACGGCCUCUAAACGAAGACCUGCUAUUGCCACUCUGCAGAAAACCAGCCAGGGAAGUUCGCAAAAUGUGAUCAAUCCCACGGGAGAAACAGAGGUGUCGUCCAAGGGCCGAAACUGCAGCAAUUACGCCAUCCCCGCCCGGCAUCGUCUUCCACCCGCCGGUACUAGACUGGGGUUUGCGCAAGGGCUUCGUCGAGCGCAAGCUCUCGUCGCUCCUUCAUCAGGAGACCCGGGCAUGAGCACCUGGUUGUUGUUGUUGUUGUGGUGUGAGUGGAGACUGUCGAUGCCGGCCAUCCUCGGAGAUGUGUGCGAUGAUGGGGAGGGAAAGAAGGACGACAGCACACUUUGA